AAACUUCACUCUUUUAGCCCAGCCCAGCCCAGUCCAGUCCUUCGUCAUCCCUAUUCCUUCUUUGACUACGCUACCACCCAAAUCCCUAGAACCCCUGUCUCGGCAUGUAGACUUUUCUCUCGCUUCUAAAUUUCCAAUCCAAAACCUCCCUCUCUCUCUCUCUCUCUCUCUCUGCCUGCCGCGUUUGUUUGAUCCAAAACGACCCGAGAAAGUUGACCCUCGAUUGAGUUCUUGAAUUCUAGGGUUUUUGUGGUUUUGAUCCUCGCCGAAUCGGUGAUGGUCUCAGGAGACGACUUGGCGUCCGCCUUCUGCGACGGCAACUUUUGGCAGCCGGGGUUUCGGUUCCAUCCCACCGACGAGGAACUCGUCCUCUACUAUCUCAAGCGGAAGAUCUGUAAGAAGAGGCUCAAGCUUAACGUCAUCGCCGAGACCGACGUCUACAAGUGGGACCCUGAGGAACUUCCUGGAUUGUCUUUAUUGAAAACUGGAGACAGGCAAUGGUUCUUUUUCAGUCCGAGAGAUCGGAAGUACCCUAAUGGGGGGAGAUCAAACAGGGCAACCAGACAUGGGUAUUGGAAAGCAACUGGAAAGGAUCGCAACAUUUCCUGUUAUAACCGAACAGUUGGACUGAAGAAGACCUUAGUUUUCUAUAAAGGCCGUGCACCUACUGGGGAGCGCACUGAUUGGGUGAUGCAUGAGUAUACCUUGGAUGAGGAGGAGUUAAAGAGAUGCCAGAAUGUACAGGAAUAUUAUGCUCUUUACAAAGUUUUCAAGAAAAGUGGACCUGGUCCUAAAAAUGGUGAGCAAUAUGGGGCGCCAUUUAGAGAAGAAGAUUGGGCUGAUGAUGAAUGCCCGAUAAUAAAUAGCUCUGCUGAUAGGGAAAUCUCAGUUGAGCAAGUUGGAGAGCUUGCUGCCAAUUAUAAUGUGAAACCUUUUGGAGAAAUUCCAUUGAAGCAAGUUGAAGAGAUUACUGCUAAUGGUUAUGUGAACGUUAACAGCGAAGUCCAUUCUACAAUAGAUGACUUGGAGGAGUUCAUGAAACAGAUUGCUGAUGACGCUGUGCUUGAACUGCCACAGUUUAAUGAUCAUGUUUACACCCUAUCUCAGGUUGUUAGUGAAGAAGAAACACAAAGUACUGUGGUGGAUCUGUACUCCAGUGAAGUUAAAUGUCCACAAUCGGUUAUGACUUUUGAUCCUAGUGGUGAGCAAGGCAAUGCACAUGCAUGCUUGGACUUCACACAGUCAGCUACUUCACAGAUGCAACUGUACGAGGUAUCUGCUUCUGACGUUCAUCAACCGGAGCCUUUCACUCCCAUACUACGUGAGGACUUCCUGGAGAUGGAUGAUCUCCUGGGUCCUGAACCUACUAUUUCAAACACUGGGAAUUCCGGGGGUAACUUGCAGUUUGAUGAGUUGGAUGGAUUUGACUUCCAUGAUGCGGCCAUGUUUUUCAAUGACAUGGGGCCCAUUGAACAAGGAACUAUUUCUCAUCAAUUCAUGAAUUCAAUGGAGGGUAAUAUUGUAAACCAGUUUGAUUACCAGAUACAACCAGCACCUCCAAUUCAGAUCAACCAUCAACUGAAUCAAGAGUCAACUCAGAUUAACAAUCAACUAUGGGCACAGAAUGAAAGGCAAGAUCUCUAUACUUCAGCAGAAUCAAAGCAGGGGUCUGGACCUCAAUUCAACUCAGGUGUGGUAUACGAUUCGUCAAAUCAUCCUCCACAAGCAAAUCAAAAUCAAAGUGGCAAUGAAGCUGCCAGUGUUACUAGUCAGUUUUCUUCUGCCCUGUGGUCUUUUGUGGAGUCUAUACCUACUACUCCUGCAUCUGCAUCGGAGAAUGCCUUGGUGAGUCGGGCCUUUGAACGGAUGAAUAGCUUUAGCAGGAUGAGAAUAAUUGCGAGGAGCGCAAAUGUCCCUGCAGGUAAUGAUUCUGAAACUAAGGGAUCCCGAAAGAGGGGAUUCUUCUUCAUUCCAGUUCUUGUGGCACUAUGUGCUAUUUUUUGGGUCUUGAUGGCAUCUCUCAGGCAAUGGGGGAGAUGCAUCUCCUCAUGAGUUAGUAAAUGGAAGGGAGAGGAAGUUUUGUUGCUACACUCUCCUUGGCAAAAUUGAUUUUCAUUAUGAAUGAAACAAUAGAAUGCUAAUUAUCUAUAUGAUGUUGAUUGUAAAGGGUGAAUUUUGCUCUAUUCGUUUUCUCUUUUGUAUAUAGAAAAUUCUAGUCAA